GACUUGUCCCAUUCCCAGGAGAUCCUUUACCCAUGUAGGCACAUGUGCAAGGCAUGGGUGGUAUGAUUCCUGGACAGGAUGCAGGCUCCUGGCUGCAGGUGGAAUGCAAACAGCUGGAGCCCUGUAGGAGGCACCUGGCACUGGUCAAAUUAGGACUUUAAGUUGCUUCCCGUGAGGUCAAAGAAAGCGAGAUGAUUUUGGAAAUGCUGAACCCAAUGCACUAUAACAUCACCAGUGUGGUGCCUGAGAUCAUGCCUGUUGCCACCAUGCCAAUCCUGCUGCUCACUGGCUUUCUUCUCCUGGUCUGGAAUUAUGAGGGCACAUCUUCAAUUCCAGGUCCUGGCUAUUGUAUGGGAAUUGGCCCCCUCAUUUCACAUGGCAGAUUCCUGUGGAUGGGGAUUGGCAGUGCCUGCAACUACUACAACAAGAUGUAUGGAGAAUUCAUGAGAGUCUGGAUAUGUGGAGAGGAGACACUCAUCAUUAGCAAGUCCUCAAGUAUGUUCCAUGUAAUGAAGCACAGUCACUACAUCUCCCGAUUUGGCAGCAAACUUGGGUUGCAGUGUAUUGGCAUGCAUGAAAACGGCAUCAUAUUUAACAAUAAUCCAGCCCUCUGGAAAGUGAUUCGACCUUUCUUUAUGAAAGCUUUGUCUGGCCCUGGCCUUAUGCGGAUGGUGGCGAUUUGUGUUGAAUCCGUCAAGACGCAUCUGGACAGGCUGGAGGAGGUCACCAAUGCAUCAGGCUAUGUAGACGUGCUGACUCUCAUGCGACGCAUCAUGCUGGACACCUCCAACAUGCUCUUUUUGGGUAUCCCCUUGGACGAAAGUGCCAUUGUGGUUAAAAUCCAGGGUUAUUUUGAUGCGUGGCAAGCUCUCCUUCUCAAACCAGACAUCUUCUUUAAGAUUUCUUGGCUCUACAAAAAGUAUGAAAAGUCUGUCAAGGAUUUGAAAGAUACUAUAGAGAUUCUAAUUGAAGAAAAGAGACACAGGAUUUCUGAGGCAGAGAAACUGGAAGACAAUAUGGAUUUUGCCACUCAGUUGAUUUUUGCUGAGAAACGUGGUGACCUGACGAGAGAGAAUGUGAACCAGUGCAUAUUGGAAAUGCUAAUUGCAGCACCUGACACCAUGUCCGUCUCUGUGUUCUUCAUGCUAUUUCUCAUAGCAAAGCACCCUAAGGUUGAAGAGGCAUUAAUGAAAGAAAUUCAGACUUUUUUUGGUGAAAGAGACAUAAGGAUUGAUGAUGUACCAAAAUUAAAAGUGGUGGAAAACUUCAUUUAUGAGAGCAUGAGGUACCAGCCAGUUGUGGACUUGGUCAUGAGAAAAGCUUUACAAGAUGACAUCAUUGAUGGAUACCCAGUGAAAAAGGGGACCAAUAUUAUUCUGAAUAUUGGAAGAAUGCAUAGACUCGAGUUUUUCCCGAAGCCCAAUGAAUUUACUCUUGAAAACUUUGAGAAGAAUGUUCCUUACAGGUAUUUUCAGCCAUUUGGUUUUGGGCCCCGUAGUUGUGCAGGCAAGUACAUCGCCAUGGUGAUGAUGAAAGCCAUCCUGGUUACACUUCUGAGACGGUUCCACGUGAAGACACUGCAAGGAGGGUGUAUUGAAAACAUGCAGAAAAAAAAUGACUUGUCCUUGCACCCAGAUGAGACUGGUAAAUUUCUGGAAAUGAUUUUUACCCCAAGAAAUUUUGACAAGUACCUGAAACACUAAAGAAGGCUGGUCAGUACCUACUCUGAAGCAUUUCUCAACAGUAGUUCACACGGUAGCCAUCCAUUCUUGCCCAGGUAGUGUCAACUUUGCAGUGAACAUUCGGUGGCAUUUUAUAGGCAUACUUCCUACUAGCUGUCAGCAAACCAGGAACUAUCGGUCAUCCAAUCUUGCCUAAACAAGGGAAUCAGGCUGCGAGAGAAAAGACAGAGGCCAAAAGUUUGCCGGGGAAAUGGUCAGUGGACAAACCGUAACCCUAAAGACCCAAUUCCACAAAAGUACUUUUGGAAAGAAUAGACCAUCAGCAAAAAUGUAUGCCCAACUUCCUAUGGGAGCGCCAUUGCCCUCCCUGAUGACAUUUUAACCCAGGAUAGAAACAUUCAAGUCAAAUGAAGGGCCAGGCAAAUGUCUGGGUAACUGAGGCCAAACACACCUGCUAGUGUGGAUAAAAGUGCUUUGAUUUGGUUUUGGAAGGUAGGGGUCGCAUUAUUCAUAGUCUUUGGAGAAAUGCGUACAAAAAUAGCAUUUGACUUUUCCCAAUGAAUUGUACCCAAUGAACUCUUGUUUAUGCACCUGUGACUUGUCUUCGAAAAAAUUUUAAAUUUGACUAUACCCUUUUCUAGUUUCUCAGUUCAUUCCUCAGCCACUUACCUCUGCUAAAAUGUGUAUGAAAAAAAUGUGUAUAGAUUCAGGUAAUUCAAGCUAUUUUAGUAAUAGCCUGUGUAACAUAUAAAUAGGCCCAUAUGUCUGCUGUAGGGAAGAAAAUCACAUGAUGCAUUUUAAAUUCAAAUAAAAAUUGUUUUUGCAUAUUUGCAUUGUUGCUUAGCUCCAUUAGUGCAGCUAACAAAGAAAUGACUUUAAAUAGUGGCAUCUAUCAACCUUGCAGCAGUGCCAACGAUGUGGGGAGGGGAAGUCCUCUGAUCUAUAUCUAAUUCUCCAGCCCAGUGGGUUCAGACUUCUAAGGAAUGUUCCUCCCAUCGCAUUAUCCUUCUCCAUCGACACUGUCCUCCUGUCUUUCUUUCCAUAAUCCCAAAGCCAAGGACAACACGUUAGUAUUGAAUAUGGUGAGAGUUGAACCCCUUUCAUCCUACCUUGGAUCUUACACAGCAAAAGGCAGUUUAGAAAUGUAACGGUUAUCUAGUUUAUGGAAUCACUGUAUGUAGCCAUAAAGAAAAUGCACACUUUGGAAUUAGCUCUCUCGAGGGAAUCAAAUAAAUGGGCUAAUUUUUCAAACACCACUUUACUUGUGUCAUAUAGCCAAUAUGGCAAGAUCUAUUGAAUCUCAUUUGUAAAACUGAAAAAUUAAACUCAGCUACCUGGAUAUUUGGAAACCCUGGUGGUGUAGUGGUUAAGAGCUACAGCUGCUAACCAAGUGGUCAGCAGUUCAAAUCCAGCAGGUGCUCCUUGAAAACUCUAUGGGACAGUUCUACUCUGUCCUAUAGGGUCGCUAUGAGUCGGAAUCGACUCAAUGGCAGCAAGUUUUGGUUACCUGGAUAUUUACAAAUAUGCAAGUGUUCACUAUUGAUUCAACAGCCAUCCUGACAUUUCAAUAUCUUUUUCAUCAUAAUGUUUGACAAUAUAGAAACAGCUGAGUAUAAAACAAGAGUACAUGUUCCUUGAAAGCAGGGGCCAUUUUCUUUUGUAAUCCACCCCUAUCCCCCUUGUUCUGACUCCCAGGUUGACUCUUAAGAUCGGCACUGAAUAGACACUCUUGCUCAUAGAUAUUCUCAACUGACUUCAGAAACUAAGAAAAAACAAACCAAAACCAGCCCCAGUGCCACUGAGUUGAUACCGACUCACAGAGACCAAUGUGCAAGAGGCAGGUGUUCUAAGAAUUCAAGGAUAAACCAAAAACCAAGCUUGUUGCAGUUGAAUCAAUUUUGACUACUUGAACUUAGAAUUUUUUGGAUCAUCUAUAUGGCCUAUAAGUAUUUAGAAAUAUGUCUGUGUACUUGAACAUGUCUGUAGCGAGCUCUAGACAAUCAUUGAAAUAACCCAGGCCACUGAAAGCAAGGCUAGAAUUUUAUAUUUAAUAUAUCCAGGUUAAUUCACUUGAUAAUUGUUAACAUGCUUUUACUUUGCCUCUACUGGAACUACUUAGUAGAGGGAAACAAACAUUAGUACAAAUAUUAGUGUACUCCAUCCAUCUAAUUCUUUUGGAACAUCUACACGUAUUUUCCAUGUAUAUAUGUAGCCAAGGCCUAUUUCUAUACAGUCAAAGUAAAAUGGAAGGUUUAUUAAGUUGUGUAUAGACAAUGUACAUACAAAAAUAUGCUGGGGAAAAGUGGGGAAUUGGAGGCAGGUGUGCAGGACAGGAAGAAGGGAAGUGCUGGUUUGAGUGACCCAAGGAAACUCUCCCAACCCAAACCAAACCCAGUGCCGUCGAGUUGAUUCUGACUCAGAGCGACCCUAUAGGACAGAGUAGAACUGCCCCAUAGAGUUUCCAAGGAGCGCCUGGUGGAUUCGAACUGCCGACCUCUUGGUUAGCAGCCAUAGCAUUAACCACUACACCACCAGGGAGGAAACUCUCCCAGAAUCAAAUUAAACUGGGUAAUUGUUUGAUUUAUUGCUCUGCUUGGCCUGUAUAGAUAAACCCUGUAUGUUUGUACAAGCUUGGCCUAAGGAAUUUGGAAUACCACUGACUUUUCAGUAGGCUGAUAAACAUAUGUUUGAAAAUCCUGUUUUUCUCUUCAGAAUUUUGCCUCAUUGUUAAGUACUUGUCACCUUUGAAUGUGCUGUGGAUUCUAUUUUGUAAUCUGUUCUCAAAGAAUUGGAAUGUGUAAAUUAUCAGUGAAAUGCAUGCAUACACAACAUUGUCAAAUUGUGAGGACGAUUGUACCCUUCUAUCCUCAGGUGUACCAGUUAUCUCCCUAUGCCUUCAUCAGCAUCCCACUUUUCCCUCUCCCAAGGGGAAAAGGAUCACUUUCAGAAAGUCUCCGUGUUGUUAAGAACUGCUCGUUGGGGAUUGCCACGUUUUAUUUCUAAGCAGCACCUCUCAUCACCCAUGGGGCUAAUAGUCCACUGAAGUGUGUGGCAUUGGCCCUGGAAAGGAGGCUAGAUGGAUUCCCUCCCACCUCCUGUAUCGACUGGUCUGUGGGACAGAAUCUCUCAUUCAUACUUGCAGAAAGGCCAUUGCUAAAUUAAACUUUGUCUAAUUAA